AAGUACUUCCGGGUGUCCUCUCUAAGUUUGGGACUUUUCGCAGUUUCUCUUGUCGGCGUGGUCGUGAUUACUUCAAAAGUAAAGUAACAUCUAACAAAUGAAUCGGAUUUGUUUUGUAUAAACAAGUGAAGUUAUUUCUUACAUUUGUUUGUAUAUGAACGGGUCCACGCCGGGAGAGCUGACUCGGUGUCCUGUCCAGAUGUUUAUCCACGACCACAUCAGUAAUCCGUCGCAUAAAUGAUGUCGCUCGUUGCCUAAAGUAGGUCUGUUUACCUUCAGAGCACCAUGAAACACCUCGUUUUACUCUUGACAUCUUUAUUUUUGAUAGAAUGCUCAAAAAGACCUGCAAAAGAUGGCGAAUAUGAUGACUUGAGGUCCUUGCUGUCGGACUUUGAUGUUCUGAACCGGUCCAGUCUGCAGCAGCACUCUGUCCGUAAGCGAGAUGUGCAGAGCCACACACAUGCAGAGAGACUGCUGACUUUCACAGCUUUACACAGGCAUUUCAAGCUCUACCUGAGCACCAACACUGAAUUGUUCACUGAAGACUUCAGCACUGUGGUGGUGGAGAAAGACGGCACUCACCAGAACUACGAGGUCCACAGACAGAACUUCUUCACGGGCCACGUCAUUGGGGAGGAGAACUCACGUGUACAGGCACAUAUUGAUGACAACGAAUUUACUGCUCACAUUCUGACUGAUGAGGCUGAGUAUAACAUAGAGCCUCUGUGGAGGCUCACUCAAGGUCCGUCGGAUGGCCGAUUGCUGGUGUAUCGCUCGGAGGACAUCAGGAACGUGAGCCGUCUCGCCGCUCCUAAAGUGUGUGGCUACAUCACAGCGGAGGCCAGUCAGCUCCUGCCUGAUAAUGUGCGCUCAGCCACGGCAACAAAGGAAAAAGUAGAAGACGAAGAGCACCUGAGAGUGAGGAGGCAGGUAGUGGAUCACAGGAAGAACACAUGUCCUCUGUUGCUGGUGGCAGAUUAUCGUUUCUUCAGACACAUGGGCCGCAAGGAGGAGAGUACCACCAUCAACUACCUGAUUGAGCUGAUUGACCGGGUGGAUGACAUUUACAGAAACACAUCAUGGGAUGAAGAGUUUAAAGGCUACGGUGUUCAGAUCCAGCAGAUUAUGAUCAACAAAUUCCCCACGAAAGUGGAACCAGGACGAAGCCACUUCAACAUGAAGGGAAGUCCAGUGAAGAAUAAGGAUGUGUGGGAUGUGAAAAGACUUCUGGAGCAAUUCAGCAUUGACAUCGCAGAGAAUGCCUCCAAAGUGUGUUUGGCUCACUUGUUCACCUAUCAGGACUUUGAUGAGGGCACACUAGGCCUUGCCUACGUCGCCCCCGCUAAAGAAGAGGGUCCCGGAGGAGUCUGUUCCAAAGAGUCUCCACAGUCAGAAAAUGACCAACACACCAUUUACCUGAACACGGGCUUAACCAGUACUAAGAACUAUGGGAAAACUAUUCUGACUAAGGAGGCAGAUUUGGUGACGACCCAUGAGCUCGGGCACAACUUCGGGGCUGUUCAUGACAGGGAUGACGUGCCAUACUGCGCCCCCAGCGAGGACCAUGGGGGCAAAUACGUCAUGUACCCCAUUGCUGUGAGCGGUGACCAUUCCAAUAACAGGCUAUUUUCCAACUGCAGUAAGAUGUCCAUUGUGAAAAGCCUGAGGCACAAGGGCCCUUCAUGUUUUAAAGAGAGAAACAGUAAGGUGUGUGGGAACUCACGGGUGGAGGAGGGAGAGGAAUGUGACCCUGGCUUGGUCCACCUCCACACUGACCUCUGCUGUACCUUCGACUGCAAGCUGCGACCUUCAAAGCAGUGCAGUGAUAGGAACAGCGCCUGCUGCAAGAACUGUAUGUAUGAGAAGGUCGGAAAGCCAUGCCAGGAGCCCAUUAAUGCCACCUGCAAGGGCAUGUCCUACUGCACAGGUAACAGCAGUGAAUGUCCUCCUCCAGAGAAUCUGCUUGAUAACACCACUUGUGUGGACAGUGGACAGUGUCAUAACGGAGAGUGUAUACCGUUCUGUGAGGCUGUCCUCAACCUGCAAUCGUGCGCCUGCAAUGAGACGGAACGCUCGUGUAUGGUUUGCUGUCGCAGUAAGAGUGGUGCAUGCUCUCCAUACCAGGAUGAGAAAGGUCACUUCCUGUACCUGAGAAAGGGCAAACCUUGCACUGUGGGCUUCUGUGAUGGAAAGGGGAAAUGCAUGAAGCAGGUCCAGGAUGUCAUUGAAAGGUUGUGGGAUUUCAUUGACAAGCUGAACAUCAACACAUUUGGGAAAUUCUUGGCUGAUAACAUUGUGGGCUCAGUGGUGGUCUUUUCCUUGCUCUUCUGGAUCCCUCUCAGUAUUCUUGUCCACUGUGUGGACAAGAAGCUGGACCAGCAGUAUGAGCUGAACACACGAUCACUCUUUUACCCCAGCAAUGCAGAGUUGCUGAGCAGUCUCGAUUCAGCCUCAGUGCGCAUCUUCAAGCCUCACUCUGCUUCGGCUGUCUCUGCCGUCCCACGCUUCCCGAGCAGCACCCCUCCCGCCCCACUGACUGCAGGCAGCUUAACAUCUCCAGCCUCAGGCUUUUUGGCUAGCACAGAGCCUCCACGCAUGGACACCAUCCAGGAAGACCCCAGUUAUGAUUCUCGCCUGGAUGAACAGGUCCUAGAGGAGGACUUCACCACCACUCGCACCAGUGCAGCUCGAUCCUUUGCGGAUCUGACUGAUGCUGCAGAGAAUGAUCUAGAGAGAUCAUUCAAGAUGAAGACACACGGGCACAGCAUCAGGAAGGAAACCGAGUGCUGAGUGAGUGUGUGUGUGUGUGCGUGUGUGAGCACAAAACUGACCUUUAUAACAGAAAGUGUGUGAAAAGGAGUGUGAGUGACUGCAUGAACUCCAUAUGAGAAGCAGAAUAAGCAAAGCUUGCAUAAGUGAAGAGUGGGCUGGAGCUUAUAUAACUCUGUAUUCAGAAAUACAGAGAGGCUGUAUGGUUUUGGAGCACUUCAAUUCCCUGUAGGGUGAACUAAGUGUGUUGCUUAUGUUUACGUAAUGCUCAAUUUAGCACUGAGGCUGCAGCGACUACAGGGUGCACAUUUAGCUAAAGAUUGAUGUAAGUGACUUUGCUUCAUGAAUUUCAAAGGUACACUUCAUGUCACUUAUGUUUUGCGUUUCAACAGUCUAUAUUAACAAAAAUAUAUUAAGCAAGAUAAGAGUUUUUGUAUAUUUUUGAAUUUAUUACUGCAGCAUUAAAUAUCAUGUAGAAGGGAAUUAAAAAAAAAUAAGUCUUUUCAGUUACACACUCAUUGGCCACUUUCUUAGUAAAAACCUCUGCAUCUGCUCAUUAUGUAAAAUCACAUAAAAUCACAGGGCAAGCGUCAGGCUUCAGAGCUUCAAGUUUACAUCAGACAUCAAAUGGGGGGAAUUGUGAUCUUGGUGACUUUGUCCAUGCUGUGGCUGUAACAGAUUUCCGAGGCUGUUCAUCUCCAUGCACAUCUCUAGACUUUACAGAUAUUGUUGCAAAAUUCAAAAACAUCCAGUGAGUGGCGAGUCUACUGGAAGAAAAAUUUUGUAAAUGAGAGACAUCAGCUGUAAAUGGCCAGACUUGUUUGAGCUGACUGGAAGGCUAUGUUUUUCUUCACAUGCUUAAUUAUACGGUCAGUCUGUGUCCACUUUAGCCUCAGAUUUGUGCUGUUGGAUAACAGGAGUGAAGCCCAAUGUGGUUUUCUUCUCAUCCAUAUCAAGCUUUGGCCUGUUGUGUUAUCUCUGUAAGUUGUAAAGAGUGAUUAGUCCUGUCAUGUCCAACCAGUCUGGCUAUUCUCUUGAAAAUGUGAAAAUGUGUUUCUAAAAUCCUCAAUACAAUAUCUGGCACUAACAACCAUACCCUAAAAAGAGUAAUAUUUUAUUUUGGUGUUCAAGGUGAAUAAUAACUGACCCCUAUUCGCCUGCAUUGUGGCUUGGAUAACUGCAUGAAUGUGCAGAAGUACAGGUGCUUUUAUUUUAUUAUUAAAGUGGAUAGUGAGUGUGUAAAUAUUUGAAACAGAUUUUUUAAUUCAAUUCCAAUCCAAAAAAAUGGUACAGAAAAUAAAUCUGUAAAUCAUUAGGCACCUUUCUAAUUUCUACACUUCUUUUUAAAGCAUUUAGAGAAAGUAUUUUUUAUUAACGUUCACCGCUACAAACAAAACUGAAACAGCACUUUUCUUUCCUCACAAACAACUCCUACAAAUGAUACCAAAGACUUUUCAGCUCUUUUUUUGUGUCCCCACUACCCACACUGGACUGUAUUAAAUCUAUGCAAACCUGAAGUGCUUUAGUAUUACCAGCUUUAACAGCUUUAUUGCUUAAAAGGGAACGAGGGAAAUAAUCAUUUGUUUACAUGCCUGUCUAGCUGUGAGGUUCCAGACAGGUAUCCUAUAUUUAGAAAGAUGUGCACUGUAAAUUAUAUCUGUCUACUCACCGAAAAUGAGUAUGUUUUGAGCUGUGGUGCUUUCUUCAUUACGGUGGAGAUGAUUAGACGAGUGGUGAAAUGCCUUCCAGAUUAUGUCACAGGUCCUGUUCUCUUCACUUACUGCUACUAUACUGUAUAUUUUAUACACCUGUGUGUACUACUAUAAUACUGUGCACCCUGAUGUUAUACUGUUACAUUUCAUUUUACAUUGCUAGAUUUUAUGAGUAAACAGUUCAUUUCCAUACUAUCAGUAAUCUCACUGGUAUUUAGUGAUCUAUUUUCACCAUUACUUUAAAUGUCAAUUCUUCUUUUUCAUUCUGAUUCAGUCAUCAUCACUAGUUCAUGUGUUCGACGUGUCCUUGUCGCCCGUGUGUUUGUGCUUCGUGCACUGUGUGUACAGUAAGCACAUACAUUUUGAAAAUACACCGACCAGGCAUAACAUUAUGACCACCUGCCUUAACUUCUUCAGCAAUUUGAGCAACAGUAGCUCGUCUAGACAAUACCACAAUUUCAACACAUUUCCCUGUAAUGAGAAAAGUGUACAUUAGAAGUCUAUACACCAACCAGGCAUAACAUUAUGACCACAUGCCUAAUAUUGUGUUGGUCCCCCUUUUGCUGCCAAAACAGCCCUGACCCAUCAUGCACUGUGUAUUCUGACACCUUUCUAUCAGAACCAGCAUUAACUUCUUCAGUAAUUUGAGCAACAGUAGCUCGUCUGUUUGAUCGGAUCAUACGGGCCAGCCUUCGCUCUUCACGUGCAUCAGUGAGCCUUGGCCGCCCAUGACCCUGUCACUGGGUCAUCACUGUUCCUUCCUUGGACCACUUUUGAUCCUUCCUUGACCACUUUUGGGAACACCCCACAAGAGCUGCAGUUUUGGAGCUGCUCUGAUCCAGUUGUCUAGCCAUCACAAUUUGGCCCUUGUCAAACUUGCUCAAAUCCUUACGCUUGUCCAUUUUUCCUGCUUCUAACACAUCAACUUUGAGGACAAAAUGUUCACUUGCUGCCUGAAAUAUCCCACCCACUAACAGGUGCCAUGAUGAGGAGAUAAUCAGUAUUAUUCACUUCACCUGUUAGAGGUCACAAUGUUAUGCUUAAUCGGGGUAUCAUUAUCAUCAUUAACAAACACCAAGAUUAAAAACAUUAGAAUUUGCCAUAUAUAACACAAAACAGUAUUUGUGUUACUUUGACAUAGGGAGUGAAAUCACUAAAUUCUCAAUAUAUGGAUUAGGGUUAGAGGAAGUGAUUAUAAACAGAUUCCUGAUCCAUCUCAAUUCUCUUAAACCCUACAGCAUGACCACAGGACUUUAUAUAAAUCUCACUUCUAUCCAUUAGGAAACAUACAUGCUUAAUGUGUUUCUGUAUGUUCAUUUUCAGGGGAAAUGUUUGGUACUGUUAACAUAUUUUUAGUAAUAAAAAAUGUGUGCCAAAAAAAAAAAAAA